AAUCUCGCCGCAACAAGCUCUUCCUCGCAUGCACGAUCGUUUCUUUGCUCUCGCCCAGGCGUCAACAGCGGACACGUGUAAAACAGCAUGUUGCUGUGUCCAAAUAGGCCGUUUCCGACGGGCGAUAGAAGGAUAGAAGGGCCGCUUCGAGGUCCUCGAUUCAGGAAAUAUUUAUCACAGCGUGGGAGGAGCACUCCUCUCACGUGGUACUCUGGGAGCGUCAGCCACAGGUUGCAGCUUUCCACCCGAGCCACCGUCAGAUAAGUGCCCAACCGAGUGGCGUGUAACCUGUAGCAUCACGAGCACGGAGAAGCCGAUAGAAUCAUCUCGCUGCUACUGUGACUUUCAAGGGUGAUUGCCGCUCAGCAAGAGCGAGCUUCUUAGCUUCCUCAUGCCUUCCGCUGUGAGUGGCGUCAUUUUAGUGGCGGCAGCUGACUAUGCUUGUCGGCUUUUGCCUCGGCUGGCAUGGUCUAGGUUCGGCGCGCUUAAACCCUCAUGCUCGGCUCGCUUCUCCUUGUAAGGGGUGUCGCCCUAGUUGGGGCGGUUGACAUCUCCCCGAGAGCGUAUCGGCGCGCCCUUGCGCCGGAGCUGGGGAAGUCCGAAAUCCCCAGCUGCCUGAUGAUGAUUUUCGUCCACGUGCGUUGGGGCAACCGCUAAUCCAAUGGGCGGCUUUGAGCAUCAUUUCCUUCCCAGUCAGCACCGAAUCUUCCCAAAGGCCAGGAAGCUUGAAGCUCACGCUCUCCGAACCAGUCGGCUGUCUGCCGUUCAACCGAAUAUCGUCCGUAUCAGCGGACGAAUUGUGCGAACAUGUGACUCUAUCAUAAGACGGAUAUGUCACACAUCGGUCUCUCAUUGCGGAUCCUCUAUAGCACUGCUGCCUCUUUCCCCGGAUCGGUGUUGCUUGCCAGUACAAGAACUACUCCGGGUUCGGGGGACAGCCGUUCAGCGAGAAACGAGCCUCCUGAGGUUGAGGGAUCGUGGACGAGCCUCUUACCUUGCAGCACUCGGGUUUUGACUUUCGGAUCUCAGAUCGAACGAUCUCAGAUCGUACCCAGGCUGGGAUUUGACCACUCGAAUUCGCCGCGGACAAGCUCAAUCUCGCAGGAGAGCCCCAGCGAUGGACCGGAGAAAACUCGCGCCUGCGGACACUGCCAACAACGCGAGCCCGCGGUUGGGCCUCCAUAGCAGUGGCCUCAGUGGCGUGCAUAGUUGGCGCUACGGCCGAGCCGAGCGGGAUGCAGCGCUGUCGCAGCUUCAACCGCAGCACCAUGAAACGGUGGCGUCUCGUAGUUGUGGCCUGGGCAGCAGUAACCGCGGCGGCGGCAGCACACCCGCUGAGGGGAACCCAGCUUUAGGCGGACACGGGAGCGGGAUUGGGGGAGCAAUGGGGGGUGGGAUAGCCGGGAGUGGGAUUGGAACAGGGGGCGGGGGCAGGGGCCGGAGUGUCGGGAGUGGGUGCAGAAAGAAAGGUCCGGUGGGCGGCGAUUCCGAACGAGGUGGAUGUGAAGGGCGCAGCGAUUUGCGGUGACAUGGCGCUUGUGGCAUUCCCUCGAUCUCCUGCUCCUGCUGCUGGCGAAGCUAUGGGGCUCAAAAACAGCAUCAUACGUACCUCGUAUGGCUUUACCGGCGUUCCUGGCCUGGAUGGUAACCCGUUCAGCAGCCACGUCAGUUUUACCGGACUGGCCGCAAGCACUGCGAUGCCGAAUCUGCAGGCUCCAUCCCAGCUUACUCUGGUGAAUCAGUUGUCCAGACUGCAAGUGCUGCGUCAGCAGAUCGCUGAUUUAUCAUCAUCGCAAGCGCUGCUGCAGGCGCCCGACCCUCCGAUUGCUGAUGCUUCAGUGCUCCAGAUACCUCAGCAGAUUCUGCACCAGAUACCUCAACGGGGUCAGCAUCAGAUACACUGGGAACAGCUAGGCUCCAACCUCCUGGCACUGCAGCGUUCUAGCCAGCUGAGCACUCAAUAUCCGCCUCUGCAGGAGGCUGUUCAUCUCGGUAUCGAAGCAAGAGUUAAAACUGGGGAAAGGAAGGAACCUCAGGGGCAAGACAGCAACACACAGGUGUUUGCACAAGGCUUCAGCACCUUUGGAGGCAUGUCUGGUCCUCGACGUUCAAUGGAAUUAGUUGAAGCAGAGGCAGGGAAAGCUGUUGGUGGUGUUAUUCAGCUCCCUUGCUGGCCACAAUCUCUCUCCUUGCAGUUGGGGUCUACAGGGUUACAGCAGCUUGGCUAUCUGGGCCAGAUUCCCCUCCAUCAGAGCCAUCGCUUUUGUCCAGAUCCUGCUCCUGAUACUGUGCAAGCACAGCAGGUACAGUGCAACAUGGAGGCUGGAGUGGCAGCGCUAAACCUGGCUGAUUUAGAGCCGCCCAGGUCUGACUCAGAGCCACUGCAGGCCGUUUCAGUGCCAUCCAGAACUAAUUUCGACCCAUCUCAGGCUGACUCGGUUCCAUGCCAGGCUGACUCAGAGCUACCCAGCGCUGAUCUGGAACUCUCCAGGCACGCCUUUGAACCGUCUAAGGCCGAUGGUCAAUGGCUGGGCUGCAAGAAGCAAGGUGGGCAGAAGAUUCGAGCAAAGAAAGCCAUGGAUGAGGGCAUGCCUCCUCUGUGGGGCAUCUGUGGGUUUGUUGGGAUGAAAAGGUUGCCAUGCAGGCAAGUGGAGAGGAAGAGGAGUCGGCUACAUCCGAGAUCCCUAGGCAAUCCAGGAGAAGUGCUGAACACUGUGAAGGGUUGGGAAUGCUUAGUGCAACCCAAGGCAGCUGCGGGUAGAUUUGAAUGAGAUUCCUUAGUAAC